AGAAGCUACUGCGUUAGUGUAUAGCAGUCUACAGUGGUGCAUAGAGCUGAAUCUGCUUCGAGGUUUUUGUCGCGGCAACAGGAACUGUCAUGUUCGUUCAUAUAAAAAUACUGUGAAAUUAUAAUAGAUGGAAAAUAUAUCUAGUACUCCAAGAGUUUCCAGCGAUCCUUCCACAAAAGGUUUUGACCUUUCUGCUGGACAGAAAUGGAUUUAUCCUAUGAAUUAUCCUCUGCGAGAAUAUCAAUAUAACAUCACUAAGACAGCACUUUUCAAUAAUACUUUAGUAUGCCUUCCAACAGGUCUUGGAAAAACAUUUAUCGCUGCUGUGGUAAUGUUUAAUUUUUGGAGAUGGUUUCCACAGGGAAAAGUUGUGUUUAUGGCUCCGACUAAACCACUUGUAGCUCAGCAGAUUCAUGCUUGUCACGAUAUUAUGGGAAUUCCUAGUGAAGAAACUGUGGAAGUUACUGGUGCUACUAUGAAUGCAAAACAGCGACGAGAUAUAUGGCGCAAAAAACGAGUUAUAUUUGCAACACCACAAAUUUUUCAUAAUGAUCUUAAGAACAAUAUCAUAGAUGUACAUUCGAUAAAAUGUGUCGUGAUAGACGAAGCACACAGAGCUUCAAAGAAGCAUUCGUAUUGCGAGGGUAUCCAUUUGUUGAGCGAACAAAAUACAAAUUUUAGAAUACUGGCUUUGUCUGCGACCCCAGGUGGACGGGUAGAUGAUGUUCUUAAGGUUAUUAAAAAUUUGCACAUAUCGAGUUUGGAAAUGAGAGAUGAUUUUUCACCAGAUAUUACCCCAUACAUUAAUAACAGAAAAAUAGAUAUCAUUCCAAUACAACUGAGUAAAGAAUUGAAAGCAUUCGAGGACAGAUAUGUCUUUAUUAUGGAUCGGCAUGUUAAAAUCCUAAUUCAGCGAGGUGUCAUACGAGGCAACACUGGUGAUAUUUCCAAAGGAAUGAUAUAUAAGAUAUCCCAAGAAUUUAAAACUAGAACUAAUAAAUCUGGCGAUCACGAUUUUUUGGCUAAAACCCUAACUAUUUUGAUGACCAUGUAUCAUGCAUAUCACCUCCUUAAAAAUCAUGGAUUGCGGGCCUUUAAGAAUUUUUAUCAAAACCAUUCAGAUAAAUAUUGGAUGAAAAAAGAGAUGGAACUGCAAUCGCUGUUGGAGGAUGUUGAUAAAUAUCUUGGUCCAUUUCCUGACAUAGAUUCCAUAUUGUCAGACGAUGGAGUUCCGCAAAUUCCGGACAAUCUUGUUUAUGGGCAUAGCAAGUUCCAUAAGCUUAAAGAAAUCCUAGAAGAACACUUUCGUUCUUUUGAAAGCAAUAACAAAGAAACCAGAGCCAUUGUGUUCGUAGAGUACAGAGACAUAGUUAACGAGGUCUAUGUGAUGCUCCUGCAAUCACAUCCACUUUUGCGACCUCAAAAAUUUAUGGGUCAGGCUAGCCAACGUCAAAAGGAACAACUUCGAGCUCUGAAUGAUUUUAGAAACAAUAAAGUCAAUGUUCUCGUUUCAACAUGCGUAGGAGAAGAAGGGUUGGACGUUGGUGAAGUCGACCUGAUCGUUUGCUUUGAUAUUAUGCAGAAUAAUCCAACACGAUUAGUUCAAAGAAUGGGGCGUACUGGUCGCCGCAGGGAUGGACACAUUAUUAUUCUAGUUACCGAAGGAAAAGAGUAUCUGACUCUGCAACAAGCCAUGAAAAAAAAAGAUUCCUUAAACAAACAGAUUUUAGAAUCUAGCAAUAUUACCUCAUGGUUCUAUGAGGAUAAUCCACGCAUGAUACCACCGGAAUGCAAUCCGGAAUGUUACAAGAUGCAUAUUGCAGUUCUUCCGAAGACUUCAGGCGGCAAGAAAGGUCGUAAAAAGAAAUUUAAUGAAAAAGAGGAAGUUAAAGGAAAAAAGAAAAUGCCAAAUAACGAAGAUACUAUUACGGCAAUUGAUGAUGAAAUACCUUGUAAAAGUUCAACCAGCAAACAAGGAUCACAAUCUACAAUAAUGACGUACUUUAAAAAUGCAAAAUUACCUCAGACAAAGCCAACAGAUAAAAAUGAAAAUAAUAUUUUGGCCAUGUUUAAAAACUCUUCCCGGGCAGAGUCCACUACGGGUAUCAAACCAGAGAAUGUAAAAUUGCUGACUUCCGAUGCCAAAAUAAUCGACUUCUUGACAAUGUGCGCAAUGCGGGAAUCUGAAAUUGAAAAUUCUGUGUGUACUCGGAAAGUCAUCGAUUCCAGAUACAUCCCAUCUUAUCCCGUGGAAGACGCGAAGAGAUUUUUAAACGGGCCUGCGUUAGAUUCAAACAUUUUGAAUUGUCUCACGGAGCUCAAUGAACAAUCUUCAUGCGUGUCACCUGAGAGAGAGGAAGUCUUUGAAAAUGAUUUCGAGGAUGACGCGGAUCAAAAUUUUAAUCCUUUGGAAUUUCUACCAGAGGACAAUGAAGUGAACGUUAAAGAUUACAUUCCAGAAACAUCAAAGUAUGACGAUGGUUACAUAUCAGAAGUAGUGAUGGAUAAUGAUGGUUACAUUGAGGAGGUAUCGAAAUUUGAAGCAGUGAUGGACGAUUCAAGUUCGAGUUCGAUAAAUUCGAAUAAUGAAAAUAAACACAAAAGCAAUAUUUUACUAGAAAAGUCACAUUUUGAAGCAUUGCUCAGUGAAUCUUCUAGCGCGUCUUCUAUCAUUACCGAUAAUGAAUAUGAAAAGACAAUGAAAAUGAAUGCUGAUUCUAUACAGGAUCGACUCAACGUCGAUUGCAAUAAUCAUGAUACGACAAUAAAUAUGAAGUUUGGUGAUGUAUCAAAAUCUCCAAAAAUCAAUAGCGACGAGUUUGAAAUGGCGAGAGACGUUGAGUCUGAUCAUAGUCAAGGUUUUGGAUUAUUCGAACGUGUUUUGGAUGAUUCGUCAGAAGAAAGUGAAAAUCAACCAUUGCCAGUCACAGAGAAUUCAACGUUUAAAAAAUCUCAAGAAUGUAUACACAAUAUUAAUGAAAAUUCAAUAUUUAAAGGGUCCAUUAUUGGAGAUUCUAUAAGCAAUCAUGAUGAAAAUUCAAAUGACAUGUUCGAGAGUAUGGACGAGGAUUUUGACAUUGAUGAAAUUCCUGAUGAGAAUGCAUGGAUCAGUAAGGAAACGUCGAAGGCGAUUGGUAUUAAAGAUUCCAAAAAUUUAAAUAGCUUCUCCAGUUUUGAUGGAUUUAAAAAUGAUAUCAAGCUUGAGAAUGAUACUAUUGGAGGAAGGGAAGAGGGUAUUGAUAGUUUUAGAUUUGAAAACUCCACGUUAUCAAUAACUAAGUCAUUGAAUCAGACAAUAAAAACCCAAUCAGAAAAUGAUGGAAAAUAUUCAAAUUUAAGUACACAUAAUAAUGAAAAGUUAGCAAUACCUAAUAAUAGUGCUUCUAGUGAGAAUUUGCAGGAAAACAAAAUGAUAAAGGACUUCAAACAAGUAUCGAAUACGACUGUAGAUGAUGACAUCAAUAGAAUUGAAAUAUUAGACUCCGAUGAAGAUAUAUUCAAUGAUCUCACGAUCAUAGAAGAUAACAUAAAUAAUUGUAAUAUCAUUUCACCAAUUGGCACUAAUCAGCGCACAAAUGAAAAUGACGUUUUUCCUCCAAUUUCAAGCUUAAAAAAUAGUUUAAAUGAAACCAAGAAAAAUUCUGAAGCUACGAUUGGAAUUGUUCAGCUUGAUUCGUCACAGGAGAAUUCCAAAUCAAGUCCUGAGAUAGCUAAUAAAAUUGAAGUUUCAAGUACAAUUAAAACGAGAGCGGAGAUGUUUGAUUUAACACUUGAAGGCAAAGAAGAAUUAAAUGUUUCAAAUUUUAAUUGGGACGAUGACUUCGUAAUUCCUCAAAAUCCCAUCACAGAUGUCAAGCAAUUCCAAAAGACAACGAGUACUCCUCAACCACCAAAAAUUUCCAGCUUUAAAAUGAGACUAGAUAAGCUUAAAAGGCAUACGGAACCAAAUAAAUCAAAUAUCGAUAAGACUAGUAGCUCAAAGAUUAAUGACCCAAAAAUGUGCACAAAAGUAAGUUUAGAUAGAUAUUUCAUAACACCCAGAAAAAAGUUAUCAAAUAUUUUCAAACACAAAUCAGCUCAGCCAUCCUGCAGUUGGCAGAAACCAUCUGAAGAAUCUAGUCACAAAUAUGACUUCAAUAUUUCCAAUGAAGAUCUGGAAAAAGUAGAAGAGUUAGAAAGUAGUUAUUUCGGGAACGAUAAUAAUUCAAGAUCCCCAAUAUCUAAGUCGGUCUUGAACAACAAACUAAACCUAACAAAGCCACAGCAGGAGUCACCACUGAGACAAACUCAAAGGAAAGAAUUCCGUUUGAAGCAACACGAAGUAAACAAAUUCUUCUUGUCUACAAAAGUCGAGAGUGAUGAUAACGAGGACAUUACGCCUUGGAAAGUUUCAAAUAUUAAACAAGUCAAAACAAUAAAUGACCAAACAGCUAGGAAACAUAAAAGUCACAAAAAGAAGAACAUGGCUGGUAGAGUUAAAAAUGAAUUUCUGGAUAAUGAAGUGGAAGUGUCCUCGGAGGGUGAAUGUACUUCUGAAGGGACUUCUGGUGAGGAUGGAGAUCUUUCUGGCUUUGUUAGUUACACACAAGAUGUUAAGAAUCCUCACGAUAUGCAAGCACAUUAUUUAGAAUCCAUUAGGAGUCCUGUUAAACUCCCUGGAGGAUUUUGCUUUAGGAAACCUAAGACUCCUGUUGCCGAUAUGAAUAUUUAUUCGCAGACUGUUGAAGAUGACUCCUAUCUUUAUGAUUCUUUCUGCGUGAGAGAAAAUGACCUCACCGACAAUGGUUCUACUGAAUAUUCCAUAUUGGAAGAUGUAGAAAAGAAAUUAAGUAGCAGGAAACGAAAAAGAAAGGGAUCGAGUGAUUCUCGUGGAAACACAAAGAGAAUUAUAAAUAGAAAAAUGGAAGACGGUACGAGUAGUGAAGAUGAAACCGAACUAUUACGCAAAGAGACUCUAGAUCAAUCAUUCAUGAUCAGGACGAAGAAUAGAUAAGGAAUAAGAAAAAUUUCUGUCAAGUUAUUUACAAUGAAACUAAUAAUAUUAAUACAUUAUUCAUGUCUUCGAUGAACUACUAAAUCAAUAGAAUGUGAUACUCAGUGCCUAUUUACAAUUUUUGUAUGUAUUAAAUAUAUGUGUGUUUUUAUGUAAAUAGAAAUUCAAUGCUCAACGAUAGCAUCAGAUUAUGUGCUAAUAAGAUUUCCAAAUAAUAGGAGUAUACAUGUAGUAUAAGAAUGUAAAAUAAAUAUCUUGUAUUUGAUA